AUGGAGCCUGGAAACCCUGGUCAGUUCAGUCCCUCACCGGGGUCAUCGGAGGAGGGCGUGUCACCCUCCUCAGAGGAAGGCUUGGUGCAAGUGGACGGCCAGACGGCCGCACUGCAACAGUCCGCCGAGACGGCAGGAGACGUCGCAAAUUUCACCACCAUUGUCGUCCAGGAAGGGGUACUUCCCGGCGAAGCGCCCUACGUGUGUCCCGACUGUGGCAGGAGCUUCCUGUACGAGGAGCAGUGUGCCUUGCACCAGCAGUCCCACCUCCGAGUCUCUCCAGUCUCUCCGGGCGACGGUCCCGCACAACGUCCCCAGCCAGAGGUCAGGGCGUAUACCUGUCCGGAUUGCGGGCGCUGGUUCCCCCAUCAGGCCAGCCUGAGCAAACACCGCCUCUGGCACACCGGCGAGCGGCCGCACACCUGCGCCGAGUGCAAGAAGACGUUCCGGCUGAAGAUCAACCUGCACCUUCACGAGCGUACCCACGCGGUCGCCAAAAAGCCUGGCUACUACAUCUGCGGGCAGUGCGGCCGGACGUUCAACCACCACUCGAAUUUUUUGCGGCACCAGAUGAUCCACACCGGGGAGCGGCCGUACGCCUGCGGGGAGUGCGGGAAGACGUUCAUCCGUAAGGAGCACCUGGCCACCCACGGGCGGCUACACACGGGCGAGCGGCCCUACCGGUGCCCGCUCUGCCCGAAGAGCUUCACGCGCAAGCAGCACCUGGUGGGACACCAGCGCCUGCACGAGGGGGAGGCAAUCUGGCUGGAGGAUCACCCCACUCAGAGGGACGGGCAUGGCCAACCGGGUGGCGUCGGACUUCAGGCAGACCCCAUCGAGCCCAUACUCGGACAAGAGACGUAUCCCCCGUAA